AUGGCAAGUACAAGUUUGGCUACCCCAAAUACCUCUAUUUCGACCCCUGCUGAGAAGCCCGAAAAAUUCAAUGGGUUUGAUUUCAAGCGCUGGCAACAGAAAAUGCUAUUUUACAUGACAACCUUGAGUCUGGCACAUUUUCUCAAGGAAGAUGCACCUAAGUUGGAAAAGGGAGAACAACUUGAUAAGGUGAAGGUUGCUGCGAUUGAAGCAUGGAAGCACUCUGAUUUCCUCUACCGAAACUAUAUACUUAAUGGUCUAGACAACACGUUGUAUAAUGCGUGUAAUGCCUUGAAAACAAGUAAGGAACUAUUGGACAGUCUAGACAAUAAGUACAGAACUAAGGAUGCUGGCUUGAAGAAAUUCAUAGUCGGUUGGUGCGUUAUUGAAAAAUUGCUACCAUCUUGGAAGGAUUUUAAGAGUUCUCUCAAGCAUAAGCGUAAGGAGAUGACACUUGAAGAUCUAAUAAUGAGGCUGGGGAUAGAAGUAGACAACAAGGUUGUUGAAAGGAAAUUUGGCAACAACCUAAUGGUCUCUAAGGCUAAUGUUGUUGAAGAGGGAUCAAGGUCAAAGAAGCGAAAAUAUUCUGAAGAAGAAACUGCUAAACAAAGAAAAGACAAAGGCAAAAAGUUCAAGGGCAAUUGUUACAAUUGUUGUAAUCUUGGCCACCGUGCAAGGGACUAUAAGAAAGAUCAAAAGAAGCCACAAAAAUCCAAAAAGAAGAAGACCACUCAAGCCAAAAUGGUUGAUAUUGCUGAUAAAGUUGAAGAUCUAAAUUUGGCAGCAGUGGUGGUGGAGUGUAACCUUGUGGGAGACACUAAAGAAUGGUGGGUGGACACUGGUGCCACCAGACAUGUCUGUUCAAACAAUUGA